AUGUUUUCCAGGCUGCUUAGGCUAUUUCGGAAAGAGAAUGGUGAUCAAGGAGAGACCACUCCCAGUAAGAAAGAAGCUGGCCUCCUGUCUUGUAAAAAAGGAAGACUGAAAUCAUUCUGGGGAAGGCACAACUCUGCUAGGCAAACAUCAUCCCAGAAUUCCACCAUCAAUAACCAGAAGCAGAUGACAAAAUUGGAAGAACUGAAAUUGAAGAUCAAGAAGAUGAGCUUUGAGGAGGAAGAAAUUAGUGAAAUGCUGAACCUGUACAAUUAUGAUGAUUUGAACUACAGGAUGAACAUCGAAUUCAAUAUCAUGAAAAGAAACCAUGAAAAGACCAUUAUGAAUAUCCAGAAAAUUACUGAGUCAAUAACUGAUGCCAUGGAGAGAUACAAGGAGGUCAUAGAAGAAAACUAUGCCUACAGCACCAGGCACUGCCAACUCCUUAGAGAAUGUUCUCAACUGAAAUACAAUAUCAGGGUAUUGCUGCAAAACGUGAACAGGAAUCUGCUGGUAGAGCAGAGUGAACCACAAGUGUCCUAUGGAGAAGAUAAGAGCUUCUGUGAGGAGGCCAACAAGAACAUCUAUGUCCCAAGUGCCAAGCAUCAGCAGGUAGGAUGA